CGUUAGAGGGAUGGCGAGGUGAGGGAGGAGACAUUUCUCCAGACGAGAAAGGAGAAGGACAAUUUGGCAUGAAACGCUGGUUUCAGCCAAACUUCAGUUAAGAGAAGGAAAGGAGGACAUGCAUGGCUCAUCAGGGCUGCUCUCGCAUGACUGUUUUACAGGAACGCCACUCUGCUACGGCCACGCCUCAGACUCAACGUGGGAUGUCUGAGGGAGACGUCACGGUGCUGCCGUUUGGCCUCUCGUCUCUGGACCUGCCUAGAAAGGAGCAGCGCACCCUGAUCAGACUCUACAGCCAGAAUGGAGGAUAUCACCUGAGGAUUUCACCUGAUGGAGCAGUGAAUGGUGGGAGGCAGGAAAGUGAUCCCUACGAAAUCCUGAAGCUGACUGCUGUGAGUGCGGGAGUGGUGGUCAUUAAAGGCGAGGCGACAGGAAGGUACCUGGCUAUGAACAAAAAUGGAUGCCUUUACGGAUCACAAGCGCUAAACGACGAGUGUCACUUCCUGGAGAAGUACGAGGAGAACAACUACAACACGUAUCGCUCCCAGAAAUACAACUGGUAUGUUGCUUUAAAAAGGAACGGCCAGCCCAAAACGGGACCGGACACCCACCAAGGUCAAAAGGCCAUCUUUUUCCUGCCAAGGCCUGCAUGCAGCUUGUAAUCCAACAAGGCUGAAAUAUACUGGGAAGGUUUAAAUGCACACAAUCAGGUUUAUGACACUGAACAAAGUAAAAUAACCUAAUGCUGUUAA